AUGACAGGAUCACGCCUGCAAAAUAUAAACAUAGUGGGGAAUAAUUACUCUCGGUAUGGAACUUCAGUAUAUCAAAAUCUAUACGGGGACACAUCUCAUUCAAAGACUGCUACUACUGUGACAGGCACUGGGGCCGCAAAGGGGUCAAUGUAUAAAAGACCUUCAGCGAACAAGUUGGGCCAAGUUGCAAGCAAUGAGGAUAACGAGUCCAUCCCAGAUAAUGCAACAAUUGGCACAAAUACUUCGAGAACGUCGUUAAUCAAGAGGAAAUAUAAGUCUUUGAUAUCAUCCUCUUCGAAGAAACUGAUUGGGAAGUUGUACGAACACGGGUCUAGUGAUUCCUUCUCCAUAUUUUCGUCAAAAUCGCAUAGUUACUACAACGGCACUAGCAACAAUUUUGUAUCUGGAGAUAAAAGUCGCAUAGGGGAUCUAGAUCUGGAGGUGGAUAGAAUCAUCUUUGACGAAAAAUUCGCUGAUAUCAACGAUCUACCAGUGGAACUUCUUUCAAGAAUCAUAUUCUACAUAGACACGUCCGUUUGUGAUGAUGAAGAGGGUGUUAAGUUAGACAAGAAAAAUAAUGAUGAGGUGGUAGAUAUUUUACCCGUGCUUUGCUGUCUUUAUCUGAACAAGAAGUUUUAUGAGGCUGCUAAGGUGGUCCUGUACAGAGAACCUUACUUCAGAUCUACCUACCGUGUUGCUCAGUUUGUCACAUCCAUUAGGUUGCAUCCGGAAAACGGGGCAUAUGUUAGAGUCCUUGAUCUAUCUCAUCUGAAAAAUGGGCUCAUUUUCAACGUCGAGAAUUGUGAACCUUCAACUGCAGUUCAAAGAAAUAGUUUUAUCUCUAUACCAGAUAGACUUGUUGCUUUUCGCACAGGUGAAACCAGUGGAACUACUUCAUCUGCAAUUGUUCCAGGUCCGGAUCCACAACUUCCAAAUGGUUCCGCAUCGGAGUCUCGUCCGGCUUCAGCCCCUGAACCAUUGAAGGAUAUCGCCUAUGCAGGCUGGAGAGAUUGGAGACACAGAAACGACCCGCUGUACAGCUCACCUGUCUUGAACAGCUACAAUUUGAAAAAAGUUGUCUCUCGCUCAUCUUCCAUCCAUUCAGCCUCGUGUAGCUUGACCACAACAACUAAUGAAACAAACAGUAGUACUGCUAAUGUUUCUCUUGGGAAUUCCAACAGGGCACGCUCCAACAGUUCAGUGAGUUCCAUAACCAGUAGUAUCAUGUCGUCAUUCCAAAAUGGGUCACAUAUCUCUUUGAAUUCUAGCUUCAGUUCCCAUACUGCCUCAACUAACCCACAGUCUUCUUCUGUGAUCAAUGAAAACACCAUAGAAGAUGAUAAAAAGGGAAGGUGUGCUGCAGGAUUGGAAAAACAAAGAUUGAGGUCUAAAAACGAUACUUCUAAAUGGCAAAGGUUCAAAAUGGCAACUAGAGGUAAAAGAAAAAUCAAGAACAACACUCAGUUACUGGGAUCCGAAAACAAGACGGAAAAAAAUGAUAAGAACGUUGGAAGUGACUCCAAUCUGUUGGCCAACCAUCGUAGAAUGGCCAGUGUGUCUCAGGUCAGGUUUUGCGAAAACCAACCUUUCAAGACGAACCAUCCGUACACAAAUAAGUUCCUGUUGAAACAUGCUCUCUACCGGGAUUUACCACUUGGAUAUAUUCUACACUUAUUGAAGCACUGCCCAAAUCUUACAGAACUAAACUUAUCCAAUCUGGUCUUAUUUCAAGACUUCCAAAUACUGGAAAAGAAGCCCCAUCAUAAAAGGUUUAGAUCGCUGGUCUUACCAGCAGUCAAAGAGUCGGCCGUGAUGAACUCGGCGUGCUUGGAGGAUGUCUUGGAUGUUGUAUACGCCACUGAUUCUAGCAAGAACUACGAGCAGCUUGACCAAUUUCAAAAUUCUAAAAAUUACAAAAGACGUUCCUCUUCUGGAAAUUCCAUUAGCGGUAUCAAUCCAAAUCAUUGGGUGUCAUCAAAUUCCGUAAAUUGGGGUGACUAUCCUCAACCUAUCGAUGGACAUACGAAGAUGAGGGAGAUUAAAAACGGGAACAAUAAGAAUCUGGAGUUGAAGAAGUUGGAUGGUGAGGACAUUUUCCAAUAUAUUUGUUCGGGAAAACAUAUGCACGCACUGGAAACUAUCAAAAUGGACGGCAUCGUCUGGUGUCGACAGUCCAUGGUCAGAGCUUUCUUGCUGGUUAAACUCAAUGAGGUGUUUUCAACCACAGAUACGCUGGGCCAGCUACAGGAACAGAGAAUGAACUUGAGCUUUGUGAAAUCUGGGAUGAAUAGAAAUUUUGCCUGGGCGUGCAGAGGUACAUUCAAUGACAUAAUAACGCUACUUAUCCUAGAUGAAUUGUCAAAGAUGGAUCAGUCUACCAUUGAGAAUAUCUUCAAUAUUAAAUCAGACCGGUUACAUCCUGCGAAGUUCUCUUCGAGAGACCCUGAUAUCACGGAAAUUUCCAAUGUUUUCUGUAUCAAAUAUGGCUUCAAAAAUGAAGAACAAGGAGAAAUGAAUUUCAGGUUAACAGUCUUGAAGAGCGAACGGCCAACAUCAUACAAACUAUCUAGGAUGUCCCGUAAUCAUAUCUCGCUAGUUAUCAGGCUCCGUAUGGACGAAAACUAUAAUUCUGUUGCGAAGGCGGAAGAAGGCUUACCCAAGGAUGCGGAGAAGAGAAUUAACCGCUUAACUCACAGUAUUGUUGCAAGGGUGAGAUCUUUGCGGUGCAGCGAUUUGAGGAGAAACAUCGGUGAAAAUAGCUACUUGGGAAGCUAG